AUGCCUCUCAGAAAGAAGUUAUCGACCAUCUGGAACCGGAUCAAUUCUACAGCUGGUGAAGGACGAUGUACGGCUGGAACCAAGCCUGCACAAAUAGUAGUGGCACGCAGCAUAACCUACUUGAAUGUAGCAAUCGAAACUUCGGCGCUGGAUCUGUCUGACAUACCGUACGGGACCAGGGGCGAACACACUAACGUACUGGGGCCACCUCUUACGUCUUAUGCACCACUAUUGCAGUGUAACGGCACAGCACCUCAGAGAGCUACAGUAGACACUGCACUUGGGCAACCCGCAAUUGACCUCACGUUCAGCAAGGAGAUAUUAACGGCCCGCAGAGACACAGCAAUCUCCGCCGAAACCGGACAGCAGAGUACCCCUCCGUCGUCGGACCAUGGUCGCCCACUUACCAUUCUCACGAUCGUGCAGGAGCUGAGGGCCCAACUAGCAAGCGAGGAGGAGGCUGAUGGCUAUCCUUUGAAAACCGUUGCCAGCCGACAGCAUGCACACGGAAGAGCUACGAAUGAGAUCAGCCAGGCAAUGUCCCGGGAACUGUAG